AUGAAAAACGAAGAUGAUGAGUGUUUCAAGUGUUUUAUCACCCGCGCUUUAAAUCGUGUUAAGUCUCAUCCUGAACGUAUGACAUCCCUCUUGAGGGAGCAGUCAGAAGCUCUGAGCUGGGAAGGGUUAAAAAAAAAAGGCGCUAACGCGAUACAUCUUUUCGAAAUGAACAACCCGGAGGUUGUUGUAAACGUAUUCGCUUAUGAAAGUGAUGCCGGAAUCUACCCGUUGAGAAUAAUCGACUCGAUCGGAAGCGCCGGUACGGUAAACCUCCUUCUAAUCUCAUCCGAUGAGAAACAACACUACUGCCUAAUCAAAGAUACGAGUAGGCUAUCAUCUUCACAGAUAUCUAAAAAUGAGCAUACAAAGUUCUUCUGCCUUAGAUGCUUGAACCCUUUCGGUAGUCAAGAGCUAUUGGACAGCCAUACGAAGUAUUGUGGAAAGAACGAAGCUGUAAAGAUUGUUAUGCCGAAGGAAGGGUCCUACAUAUCUUUUAAAAUCCAUUUCAAAAAGGUUCGUCAUCUUUUCGUUAUUUAUGCGGAUUUUGAGUCUUUGAUGGAACCGAUAGCCACAGGCCAACCCGACCCUAAAAAAAAAUAUACUAAUAAAUACCAACACCAUAAACCCGUAAACUUGUGUUACUAUAUAAAGUGCUUCAAUGAUAAGGUUUAUAAACCUAAGCUGGUCUGCUAUACGGCAAAAUCUGAGGAAGAGGAUGUAUCUCAGAUAUUUGUUGACGUGCUCUCAGAAGAGGUCAAGGAUAUCUACCAUCGAUUCAAAGAGCCUGUAGAGAUGGCUUAUGGAGAAAAGGAGAGAGAGAACUUUGAAAAAAGCAAGUGGUGUUUGUUAUGUGAAAGGGAGUUUUCACCCGCCCAUCUCGAAAAGGACGGAUUAUGGGGGUAAGGUUAGGGACCAUUGCCAUUACACGGAAAGAUUUCCUGGCUCCGCCCAUAACACUUGCAAUCUGAAGUGUAGAAAGCCCGGUUUCCUAUCCGUUAUCUUCCACAAUCUGAGCUGA